AUGGCCAACCCUUUAAAGGGUGAGGUUAUAAAACUUUACAAAACUGUAAGUGAAGGAGUAAGUAUUGGACAUUUACACAAACGCUGUUUCCCUCCUUUGUUUUAACUACUUCUCAUAUGUCCCUCAAUCCCCCUAAAGCUGCUGUACCUGGGCCGUGAGUACCCUCAGGGAGCUGCUUACUUUCGGGGACGCCUGAAGGCAGCCUUCAUGAAGCACAAGGACGAAACGGACCCUGAAAAGAUCCGAAAGUUGGUGGCCCGUGGUGACUUUGUCAUUAAAGAACUGGAGGCUCUUUAUUUCCUCAGGAAGUACAGAGCAAUGAAGAAAAGGUACUAUGAACCAGAAAAAUAA